GCAUCUGGCGUGCCGUAGAUGCCUAAAGAGGAUAAAGAAUGUUGUGGAAGUUGCUUUAAAAGGAGCGAGUUUAAGAAAAACUUCUAUUAAAGUCGGAAGCAGAAUUCUUGGGUCUGUCUAAGUUGAUAAGACGAUGGGCAACACCAGUGAUCGCAUAGCUGCUGACCGCCAUGGCCCGAAGGCCCAUCGCGCAGACAGUGGUGCUGGACAUAAAGACCAUGAACCCAGCAAGAUGAUGGACAGCACAGAUGAUCCUAACAUUUUUAAUACACACGGGCCUGAUACAAAGGCUCCAGUAGAAAAAGACAUGCCUCCAGAUUUGGAUGACUUGGUAAAAACUGGCCCUCAGGAGCGUCCCACGGUGAUUCGCUGGGCCGGAGGAGGGACAGACGUCUACAUCUCGGGCUCCUUCAACAACUGGAACAGCAAGAUCCCACUCAAUAAAAGUCAUAAUGACUUUGUUGCGAUUCUGAAUUUGCCUGAGGGGGAACAUCAGUACAAGUUCUUUGUUGAUGGACAGUGGGUUCAUGAUCCUUCAAAGCCGGUGGUGACUAGUCAGAUGGGAACCAUUAACAACCUGAUUCAGGUGAAGAAAUCUGACUUUGAGGUGUUCGAUGCGCUGCAGGUGGACUCCCUGGAGUGCUCAGACACGUCUGAUUUGUCCAGCUCACCACCGGGUCCCUACGGACAGAAUAUGUACAUGUUCCGACCCGAGGAGCGCUUCAAGGCCCCGCCUAUCCUUCCCCCUCACCUCCUCCAAGUUAUUCUCAACAAAGACACAAACGUAUCAUGUGACCCUGCUUUGCUGCCUGAACCCAAUCAUGUGAUGCUAAACCAUCUCUACGCACUUUCAAUAAAGGAUGGUGUCAUGGUCCUUAGUGCAACUCACAGGUAUAAGAAGAAGUACGUCACCUCUCUGCUUUAUAAACCCAUCUGAAACCUGACACCUGAGCACGUUUAUACCUGUUCUGUUGCUCCAUGUGGCUGUGGUGUUACUACGUACCAGUUUACACUGGAUCUGCUACCCACGGUCACUUUAUUACCAUACAGGAAAGUGUGUGUGUGCAUGUUAUCACUAUUGGACAACUAGGCUAUUGCAGUGUUGAAUUUUUUGAGUGUUUUUGUGAUACACUAUGUUUUUAAAUAUGUUUGGUAUUUUAAAUGUGCAUUUUUUUGUGUAUUUAAACUAUUAUCUGGUUUGAAAAUAGCUUCGCCCCAGUUUUAUUAAAAGCGGUUGAUUCGACUAAAAGAAAGGUGGCGCUUUCAUUUUUAACUCACGUCAGGUCACUACGCAGUUACGAUUUGCGCAGAUGACUCACCUUUCUCCAAUGCCCUCUGUCUCGUGUCUUUUGUAGCAGACUCCUACCACAAGUCCUGGCAUAAGAAGAAGAAGAAGAAGAACCUUUAUUGUCAUUAUACCCUGCCGUCAAUGUUGUCAUUUGGAUGCCUCAUUACAUGCACACGUAACUUAAUAUGGUUCAGUAGCUCCUCUUCUGUUCUGGCUAUUUUGUAAAUGUACUCAGUAGUCAUCAUCUUCCUCCCUGCAGUUUUCUAAUGCUCUUGUUCCAAAAAUUCAUUUUGUGGCCAGACCAAGGCUUAUAUCUGUGGUAGCUUUGUGAUUUUAGAGUUUCAUGUUUUAUUUAUUUGGAUCAUGUGAUCACGAUUGUGUGAUGCUGAAUAAAAGGGCUUUUAGAAUGUAUUUAAAUAAACUAGUCAGCUUAAGAAUCAAGCACAGGACGAUUUGGUGUUUGUCAGGCUGCCCUUGUUGUCGUCUACAUUCUUCAAGACUUUAAUAGAAUCAGUUACAGUUAAGUUUUAAAUACACACUUGUAAUGUCUCAUUCUAGUUGCCAAUGUUUCUCACGCCAAACAAACGGCCUGCUUUAAUACACUUGUCCCUGGUCAGGAAGGGUAACCAAAUCUAGCACACAUACUUGGGUACAGUACAAGUCAUCUGGCAAUGAAAACAACCAUUAAUUGUGGCAUUACAGAUUGAGAUUCUGAGCUCCUGGGUUCGAAUCUCGGCUCUGCUACCGGUCGUCUGGGCGCCCUCUAGCAUGCGCAAUUGGCUAAUGCCUGCAGCAGCAAACAAAAUUGGCCUACAGUCUGCUGGGUGGGAACGACCGGACUAGAGGUCGGGGUUAUCAACACUGUGUAAGGACCUUGUACAGAAAGUGGAGGAGCGCAGAGAUCGUGACGUGGCUCUCCGUAUGCGAAGCCGACCUCGCAUGCAAAUCCACUGAAGUAUGGGUGAAUAAGAAGGGAUUGGUGGACUGCGCACAUGUCGGAGGGCGUGUGUGUCAGGCGAAAAUACACCCUCCUUGGACGCCAUUGGGGUCCCCUAUGCUAAAUUGGGAGAAAACGGGGGUAAUAAAAAAAAAAAAAAACAGUUGUUGAGGUGGUUGUUAAAAGGGUUAUAUUGCUGUACCAAAGGCUGUGCUAAUUUUAAAAAACAGUGUACAUUAAACCAAGGGCUUUUCUCUUAGUGUUUGGCGUGAGUCAUGCUAUUAAACCAAACUACAGUUUGUCAGACUCAGACUCUGUAUUUAAUAUUUAAUUGUUUGUGGUGCGCAUGUGCAUACGGUUGCCUGUUACUGCGAUUGUCUAAGCACUUUACCCAUAAAACAACUUUCAGUAAGAGUUCAGACAGAGAGUUUUCAGUCUCUCGGCUAUGCAAUGGAUAAAUCAUGCGAAUGAAUCGGGUACCCUUGGCGCCGGGUGAACCUGCACCCUCUGUAACCCAAAUAUUAUAAUGUAUUAUUGUUACGAUUUGCGCAGAUGACUCACCUUUCUCCAAUGCCCUCUGUCUCGUGUCUUUUGUAGCAGACUCCUACCACAAGUCCUGGCAUAAGAAGAAGAAGAAGAAGAACCUUUAUUGUCAUUAUACCCUGCCGUCAAUGUUGUCAUUUGGAUGCCUCAUUACAUGCACACGUAACUUAAUAUGGUUCAGUAGCUCCUCUUCUGUUCUGGCUAUUUUGUAAAUGUACUCAGUAGUCAUCAUCUUCCUCCCUGCAGUUUUCUAAUGCUCUUGUUCCAAAAAUUCAUUUUGUGGCCAGACCAAGGCUUAUAUCUGUGGUAGCUUUGUGAUUUUAGAGUUUCAUGUUUUAUUUAUUUGGAUCAUGUGAUCACGAUUGUGUGAUGCUGAAUAAAAGGGCUUUUAGAAUGUAUUUAAAUAAACUAGUCAGCUUAAGAAUCAAGCACAGGACGAUUUGGUGUUUGUCAGGCUGCCCUUGUUGUCGUCUACAUUCUUCAAGACUUUAAUAGAAUCAGUUACAGUUAAGUUUUAAAUACACACUUGUAAUGUCUCAUUCUAGUUGCCAAUGUUUCUCACGCCAAACAAACGGCCUGCUUUAAUACACUUGUCCCUGGUCAGGAAGGGUAACCAAAUCUAGCACACAUACUUGGGUACAGUACAAGUCAUCUGGCAAUGAAAACAACCAUUAAUUGUGGCAUUACAGAUUGAGAUUCUGAGCUCCUGGGUUCGAAUCUCGGCUCUGCUACCGGUCGUCUGGGCGCCCUCUAGCAUGCGCAAUUGGCUAAUGCCUGCAGCAGCAAACAAAAUUGGCCUACAGUCUGCUGGGUGGGAACGACCGGACUAGAGGUCGGGGUUAUCAACACUGUGUAAGGACCUUGUACAGAAAGUGGAGGAGCGCAGAGAUCGUGACGUGGCUCUCCGUAUGCGAAGCCGACCUCGCAUGCAAAUCCACUGAAGUAUGGGUGAAUAAGAAGGGAUUGGUGGACUGCGCACAUGUCGGAGGGCGUGUGUGUCAGGCGAAAAUACACCCUCCUUGGACGCCAUUGGGGUCCCCUAUGCUAAAUUGGGAGAAAACGGGGGUAAUAAAAAAAAAAAAAAACAGUUGUUGAGGUGGUUGUUAAAAGGGUUAUAUUGCUGUACCAAAGGCUGUGCUAAUUUUAAAAAACAGUGUACAUUAAACCAAGGGCUUUUCUCUUAGUGUUUGGCGUGAGUCAUGCUAUUAAACCAAACUACAGUUUGUCAGACUCAGACUCUGUAUUUAAUAUUUAAUUGUUUGUGGUGCGCAUGUGCAUACGGUUGCCUGUUACUGCGAUUGUCUAAGCACUUUACCCAUAAAACAACUUUCAGUAAGAGUUCAGACAGAGAGUUUUCAGUCUCUCGGCUAUGCAAUGGAUAAAUCAUGCGAAUGAAUCGGGUACCCUUGGCGCCGGGUGAACCUGCACCCUCUGUAACCCAAAUAUUAUAAUGUAUUAUUGUGCACAGUGUUUGUAAAUGAUCAUGUAUUGGUUGUAGAGAAAGGUCUCUUGAUAUAAUAAGCAAUAGGUGACAGUCAGACAUUUCUAUGAGGUUUUUGUCACAUUUGACACGUAUUAAGGAUUCAGGUGGUGUUAAGGUGCUUGAUGGCACUGUUUAACACUUGUGAUUGUAUCUGCAGUGCUGUAUGAUCUGUGUAUGCUGUGUCUUUGAACGAGUUGUACAUUAUUUACUGGAUUUGUUUGCCAAUAAAAAGGAAUGAUGCCG